CUAGAAUCAAUUUAAGUCAUGGCCCGCGAGUGCCAGAAUGUCUAAAGCACGAGUGUUAAAUUUAAAGAAUAUAUUGUCACUAUUAUUAUAGUGUUAUUAUUAUACUAUUUUAAUCAUAAUAUAUCACAGAACACUGUUUAUAUUUUAUUCGGCACGUGGUCUAUUCGAUCUUCAGAAAUUAGCAUGACGGGCAAACGAAAGUUGACGGAUAAGUCAUCGUUGUCGUUCAACACUCAACCUGCCAUCAAACAAAAACGUACUUGCAAACAACCAAGUUCCGCAAAAGAAGCGAAUACGCUCACUGAAGAAGAGUACUUAAAGCUAAAACUCUAUUUAAAAGAGAAAAAAAAAAUUUUAAAAACUUUCCCAAGAAUAUUACUAAAUGCCCGUGGACAUUUAUCAGAGUUAAAUGAAAGUGGUUUCAGUGAAAGUCCGUUAUUACCUACUGACCUAAAUGAGUUAAUUCUAUAUUCUGUUUAUGGUCCAGGAAAAUAUGUUCCAAAAUGGUCGAGUUUGGAAAUGCAAUGUAACUUAAAUCAAACUUGUGUUUUAAUAAUCGAUGGAUGUGAAGUAAAAACUAAAGAAGAUUUAUCAAAUUUUAAUAGUUCAUUGCCAAUGUUUUCAAAAUAUAAAUUUUUACCACCUAUUGAAGUUGAGCUGCCCCCUAGUUGGUGUGCUGAUUAUGAUACCGACACUACAACUUCAAUAACUGAUGAUAUUGCUUCAGAACCAACAUUAACACAAAAUGAAAAUAUUGAAAAAAAAGAAAUUUGCUCAAGAACACGCUUACUGAUGUCUUUAAACCAAAUGAUGAUUCAUAAUUAUCCUUUACCAACCAAUAAACGUCAAUUUACAAUGGAUGGCUUCCGUUUUACAAAAAAUCAUUACUUGCCUGUUACUGAUGACAGCCCAAUGUAUGCAAUUGAUUGUGAAAUGUGUUAUACAUCUAUUGGGAGAAAUGAACUUACUAGAGUUUCAAUUGUUAAUGAACAAUUAGAUGUAAUAUAUGAAUCUUUUGUGAAACCCACAAACAAAAUCACAAAUUAUUUAACUGUAUAUUCUGGAAUCACAGCUUCAAAACUUAAGAAUGUUAAAACCACUUUAGCAGACGUACAAGAAGAUAUAAUUAAACUAUUAUCUCCAGAUUCAAUUUUAAUUGGACAAUCAUUAAAUUGUGACUUGGAAGCAUUAAAGUUAUUCCAUCCUUACAUUAUAGACACUAGUGUUAUUUUCAACUUGAAUGGAAAUAAAGGGUCUAAAAGUAAAUUAAAAAUUUUAGCCAAAUAUUUUUUGGAUAUGAAUAUUCAAUGUGGUAAUCUUGGACAUGAUUCUGUAGAAGACAGUCGUGCUACUAUGUUACUUGUACAACUAAAACUAUGCAAAUCCCUAACUUACGGAGACGCGUAUUUAAUUGGUCAGAGGAGAUUAGCUGAAUUUGUAAAUAAAAAAACUAAAAUAAAUGUCAAGCAUAUAGAAACAUUUAAAAAGUUCUUAGCAUUAUUGCAGAGUGUUUCAGAAAGUUCAGCUAAAGGUAAAGUUCAUCUUAAAAAGAAUCUAAUCGCAGCAUAUGAUAAUAUAUGGUCAACAUCCAAAUUAAGUAUUGAGGAGCAUUCAACUAACAAAGUUGUUUUAGAAUCUGUGUGUAAAUCAAUGGAAGACACUACUAAUCGGUUUUGUAUGGCACACAUGCAACUAAAAAAUAAAAAUAAUUUAGACCUAGUAAAUCGGUGGUGCGAAAAGUAUUGGGCAGCAAUGUCUUCAUUUGCACUUUGUGCUGUGCUAUUUACUGGCUGUGGUGCUGAAGGCAAGAAUUCUGUUUGCUUGUUGAACGUCAAGCAGCCACCUUUGAAUCAUUUACAAGAUAAAUUUUGAUAUAAUUAUUGACUAUGUAUUUUAUUUUUAAAAUAUUAUUAGUUUAUUAUUAUUUCUGCGACAAACUUUUUGAAAGUAAAAAAAA